AUGGCCUUGUGCUCUCAGGCCUUUCAAUCGGCUAAGCGCUCCUGCGACUUUGGCUCGUCUCUGCAAUGCACCCCCUCAAAGAAGGUUUGUCUAUCGAAGAUUGACUUGAACACUGCUAGAAAACCUCACAAGGUUUGCUUCAGUAAACUCAACAACCCUCUGGCGUGCUACUCUUCAUCUGAAUCAGAUGCAGACUCUGACGACCAACAGUCAUGCUACAGCGCCGACCAGGCCCGUGCCAAAAGAAGAGCUUCUUCUAGGAUGUCAUUCUCCGUCAACAACGAGCUUUCGAAAGCCGUUUCACAAUACAGUGACGAUGACGACCUAGAGUUGGAAGCUUCUGAACGCGGGUCCCCCCAGGCCACUGGCGAUGCUAACUUUGACUGCAAGUUGAUGAGCUCGCCUCGCGCCUCCUACAGUUUGGGCAGCUGCACAAACAUCCAGCUGUGCCACGGCCAGCGGAAUUCUAUCACGUCCAGCUUUUUGCCAAUCUCUGACAACAACUCGUCUGGUCCAAGCACCAAGAAGCACAUGCCACAAGGUGACAAGUCUUCCCGCUCUAGGUGCUUCGACUACCUCGUUGGUGCCAUUGACGAAGCAUGGGCUAGAUACUGUGAUGCUGCCUCUUAUGUGGAGGACGAAACAUACGGUUACAACACACCAAACUCUGUUGCUACCGACGACGAGGACGACUAUUUUGGCAACACAACGGACUUGACUGACUACGAGAGCGAGUUUGAGCACGAACAGAAGAAGUGCAUUGCUCAACCAGUCUCCAAGAAACCCUCGAUGAUGGCCAAGCCCGUUGGUAUCAUGGCCAACGAUAGCACAAGCCGUGCCUCGUCAACCUCUAAGGAUCCUUCUUCGUGCCAGUUGCAAGCGUUGAAGGACCGCUUGAUCAAAGCCAAGUACUUCUUGCAAGACCUCUUGGAGUCCGAGGACUACCAAGACGCCUCUGCUUUUUGGAAGCGUUGGGACAUGAUCAAAUAUGCCGCCAUUGAGUUGGUUGAAGAUGACGACGAUGACGAAAUCAUCGAGUCUACCAUCGACGACUUGGAGGAAGGGCGUCUUUUUACCAACUAG